CGUGAUAUUCUGAAAAUUUGUUUACUAUACCUGCAAUUAACUUUGAAACGAAAAUAAAAAUAUACCCUGUUAAGAUAAAUUCAUACUUGAGCUAAAUGAAAUUUUAAAAUAGCAAAGAUAUUAAUGCUGCAUUUUCUUUAGAAGAAAUAAUGUUUGCCAGCAACAUGAAUACUUCUUUUUAUUUCUGAAGUUGCUUUUCUUUUAGUUUUUUUAAAGUAAAAAUAAUUUGAAUUUUCCACUUUUAAAAACCAACAUUCCUUGUAUGUAUAUAUAAGAUCUUUAGAAUUUGCUUUUCUCAUUGCAUAAUGCCAAAGGUAAAAUAUAUUGCCGAGGGAUUUGUGGUGGAUGCAAACAAACUUCUUACUGAAUUUGUGGAAAAAAAUUCACCAGAGUUUUCUGUUUUUACCCAUGUUUGGAAAAAAUACAAUUUUGCUGCUAUUUUCUUAGGUAGAUCCACGAGGGAGUUGGCACAAUUCACUCAAGAAAUCUUCCAAUUAACUUUAAACCAUAUGUUAACUGCUGAACUUCUUCAACAAAUUGGUGCUGUUUACAUGUUAUAUGCACUAUUUAGAAAUCAAAUCAUUGAACCACCUACUAGGAUUAGAGUAACUCUUCAAGUAUACCACCAUUUUGUGGAAAUGAAAAGACUUGCUGUAGAACAAAAAUACAAGUCAUUACACUAUAUAAUUGGCUAUUUAAUGAAGUGUGCAUUUGAUUUUGUUAAACAUCCGUGUUUGAUUGGGCCACGAAAUUUCAAAUGUACAAGGGAAGCGAGAAUGAAUUCACUCCAUAUGAGUUGUCUGCUUGAAGAGUUAAAACGUCGGUCUUUGUCUUUCUUCGAUAAUAAAACAUUGAGGGAAAUUGAAGAAUUGAAUAAUACUUAUGCAAACUUAUCAAAAAAUGUACCAAUACCGAAUCAAGGAUUGGCGACUGAUUUGGAUAUCAAAAAAUAUUUGAAACAACUUCCCCAGUUAGUUUGUGCUGGCCCAGAUAAUUCAGAUGCAAAUAGCCUAAGUGACGAAGAAAUAGACAAUAUAGGUUUUAGAAGAGCUCAAAUUAAAACAAACGCAUUUACAUCAAAGGCAUUGUUUAGGCAGUUAAAUCCAACAGAUGAGGAUGAAGAUAAUGAAAGAGUUACAAGAUCACAAACCCAAAGAGAAUCACUUUUCAGAAAAGCAAAACUCCAAAGAACAUCCACAGGGAAUGAAGAUGUUGAGAAAUGUGAUAAAAUAUAUGUACCGAAGAGACGUUGGACGCGGCGCACACCAGUAGAAAAGAGACGAGUUGGUCGUCCAAGAAAAGAGACAAAAGUGGAUUUGGAAAAGCAGCUAUGGAUGGAAAUUGGAGAGCUUUCCGAAGCUGAAAAGUUUAAAACCUUUAGACGUGGACCUCUAACCAGAAACAGCUGCCUUGAUUAUUAUGUUGAAGAACCUUUUGAAGAGCCACAUUAUGAGAUGGCUGUAAUGUCUUCGACAAGUGAAGAAGAUGAUGAAGAUAUUGAUAAUCCUGAUGAACCAAUGGUAACUGGAAAUGCAUAAGCAGAUUGUGCCAUUUUAAACCAUUAUAUUUCUCAUGUAUUUACAUACCUCACACUUAUGUAUAUUUUCAUUCAAUUAUUUUAAUAAAAUAUCACUUUCAUAAUUUUUUUAUUACUUUAUA